AGCGGCCUUCGGGGCCACUGUAGACAGGACCAGCCCGAGUCUGUCCUGCCGCUGCACGGAAUACCGAGCGUCACGGUCGCACCACGCGCGCUGUCUCCGUCGGAAGCCGCUGGCAGAUCACUGGAGAUGCAAACAUCUGCUGUGCGCGGCCGCUAAGCAGCGAGGACGAGCCUACUGCUGCAGCAUCCGAGGAGGACCUGCUUGUGUGCGUGCGUGCGUGACUGAGUGCGUGCGUGCACGAGUGUGUGUGUGUGUGUGUGUGUGUGUGUGUGUGUGUGUGUGUGUGUGUGUGUGUGUGUGUGUGUGUGUGUGCGUGUGUGUGUGAGUGCGUGUUUUGCGUGUCGCUAUGAGUCUCGUGUCGGGCUUCCCUCACCACCCGGUCAUGCACCACCACGACAGCCACCACUACCCCCUGCACGCGGCGGCGGCCGGUCGGUGUCACGAGGACACCGGGGCCCCUCCGUACUUCACGAGCUGGCUGAUCAGCCACGCGGAUAUGUCUCCAACCGAAUAUAGCCUCGCGCCCGGCUACAGCCCAGAGUACCACGGCAACAGCGGCAGCGGGUCCACGCACGGCCUGGACCCGCACCAUCACCACCAUCACCAUUACGGGACCGGCGGCUUGGUUCCGGGAGCCGGCGCCAUCUCGGUGAACGGAGCCACUGUCGGCAUGCACCCGCACCACACGCACCCGCGGCCGGUGAAGCGGAGACCCACGGCCAACCGUAAGGAGAGGCGGCGGACCCAGAGCAUCAACUCGGCCUUCGCGGAGCUGAGGGAGUGCAUCCCCAACGUCCCGGCCGACACCAAGCUGUCCAAGAUCAAGACGCUGCGGCUGGCCACCAGCUACAUCUCCUACCUAAUGGACAUCCUGGACAAGGACGGGCAGCACGGAGAUACGCAGGCCUUUAAGGCCGAGCUGAAAAAAACAGAGGCCCGGGAGGAACGGAGGAAGAGAGAGGCGGUGGAGAUCCCGAAGACAACAUCAGCAACCUCAUCGUCGUCCUCCUCUUCAGCGGGCGAUAAGAAGAGUAAAGGGCGGACGGGUUGGCCUCAACACGUCUGGGCUCUGGAACUCAAACAGUAGCGCUCGCCUCCCUCGCGCAGCCUCGGCCGCCUCCAGCUCUGUCCUUGAGGAGAGUGAUGGGACAGUGAUGACGCGCUCUGGUGACCCGGUGGCAGUCAGAUCUCUCUGGACCUCGAGGCUGUCCGCUUCCCCCGGAGCGGUGGACGCUGUGUGACGCUCACUUCAUUUUGGUUGGAUUUCUUCAUAGAACAAAACUUCAGAUGUAUGAUCCCCCCCCUACCACCACCACCACCAACAACACCACCAACAACAACACCACCACCACCACCACCACCACCACCACCACAACAACAACAACAACAACAACAACUUUCAUCAGCAAAGGCGCCUUUUUGCGGGUUUGUUCUGUGGGUUUGACCCUGAACCCGUGUUUCCCCUUUAAAUCUGACCACAUGAAACUGUCGCACAAUAAAUUGUCUAUAUUUCCAAGUGUUCAUUUGAAUUUAGAAACAUUUACACAAAAAGAAAAUCGACAUAAUAGCCUAUGGAUUGAACAAAUGGACAUAUUCUAGAUGGAAAUUGUCAUUCGGCAUUUGAAUUCAACAAGCUAUUAGAUGUCAGUGGAAACUUCGUGAUUGGCUUAUGUAAAAUAGCAGUCAGUGUCCUUAAGCUUGGACAAGCAGCUGUUUGGGUGGGAAAUAAUAGAUAAUCUAUACACUUGAGCCCGAGGAUCAAUAGGAUCCAUACUACCCCCUCUGAUAAAUCACAGCUCUCUAAUGAAAUGGAUGCUAACUGGUGGAUGGGGAUGUAUGCCGAAUUAAAGAGAGUGGUCUUUAAAAACCUACUGGGUUAAGUCCUGCCGGAUGUGUGGCCUUCACGUCUCCAGUGAGCAGAGCAGCUUCAGCGGCAGAUUGUGAACGCAGCGUGGCGGAGCCUGUGGGGGGGGAUGAGGACAUGCAGAGUCGUUCCUCUCUCUCUCUCUCUCUCUCUCUCUCUCCUCAAAACACCCACCACGCAACCACACACCACCCUCUCUCUCUGUCUCUCUCUCUCUCACACACACACACACACACACACACACACACACACACACACACACACACGCACACACAGACACGCAAAUACACGCACACGCGGGUGUCGACGUGCGCUCUGCUUUAUUUAACGGAAUAUAUUUAUGUGCAAUGCGGCCGUUAGAAGGACCCAGACAGCCAUAGGUCUACCGAUGUCUGACAGCGGGCAUUUGCUGACCUUUGAUUAAAACGACAAGGUGUAUGUGAAGUUCUCUCUCUCUCUCUCUCUCUCUCUCUCUCUCUCUCUCUCUCUCUCUCUUCUGUCCUUACAAUUUAGGGUUGUAAAUGUAAAUGACGUCACAAUAAUGACGACGUGUCCAUGUUGUGGUGUUAAAAAUGUGGUUGGAGUCUAGAUGAUGCUUUAUGUUGGAUGUAAACAGUGACAUGAAUUGAA